GCAGAGGCGGAGGAGCAGAGGGAGGAGGAGGAGCUGGAGGAGCUGGAGGACCAAGAGGAGGUGAAGGCAGCAGCUGCCGCCGUGUAACAGGAGAAGGCUGGAGGUGAAGGAGGUCCGCCUGAAAGCUGUUUCCCAGCGGUGAUGAUGAAUAGAGUUUGAUACUUGAGUGACUUUAAUAUUGAUCACCAGGGAGAGCUCGACGUUGUUGCCAGCUUCUCUAAAUUUAUCUUUUUCAGGAAAAAAAAAAAAAAAAAAAAGUUCAACCUCUGACGCUGAAAGGGCGGGGCCUGGUAACGGCACACGUCACUAAAAAGUUUGAAAAUGACUUUACAAAGAACUUUUGAGCAAAUUAGCGACAAAACGGACGUCAUUUCCUGUCGUUCGUAUCAAGCGGAUAUGGGUUACAUCAGAUUUAUCUUCGUGUCCGUGACCGUUAAUAGUUGAAAAGUAUUCAACCAAGAAUUAUACCUACUUAAAGAUUCAGAGUAACGAGAGCAACAGAGACGGGCAUAAAAAAUGUCCAGUUCCAGUUUGUUCAGAAAUAGACGGAGAUUCGCCAACCGUAUCCCCAGAAGAGCAGCAGCAGCAGCAGAUCAGGCCUCCAGCUCCACAGAGAAACUCAGUUAAGGCCUUUUGAAGCAAUGCAGAUACAGGGAUGGUGAACUGAACAUGACCUGAAACACGAGAAUAAACAAUGGAUAUUUUCACUAAUAAGUCGUGAGCCACAGGUGUAGAGGGCCGAAGGGGAGGAACACAGGUGAAGAUAAUGGAAACUGAUUGGCUGACAGAUGAAGCCAAGCAGGCAGAGGAGAUCACGGCAGGUGUGAGAGAAGGACACAAGCAGAGGACGAUAGCGACGAUCGGCGCUGCUUUCAUUGCCAAACCGACUAAAGUUGGAGAGACAGUGAUAACUUUAGGAAUAUGGGACACGGCUGGAUCAGAGCGCUACCAGGCUAUGAGCAGGAUCUAUUACAGAGGAGCCAAGGCCGCCAUAGUCUGCUACGAUCCCACAGACAGCAGCAGCUUCCAACGAGCUCAGUUCUGGGUGAAGCAGCUGCAGGACUAUGAUGAGACUGGCUGUAGGAUCUACCUGUGUGCUACUAAGAAAGACCUAAUUGAUGAAGAUCGGACUUUACGGCAGAUCGACUAUCACGAUGCUCAGGACUUUGCUGAAGAUAUUGGUGCCGAGCAUGUGGAGACCUCCAGUAAAACUGGAAACAACGUAGAUGAGUUGUUCCAGAAAGUAGCCGAGGACUACAGGGACUCUGUCUUCCUGCACAUGACAGCCGAGGAGACCGGCAUCAACCUGGACCAGAGGACGGACUCGUAUUUGUCCAACUGUUGUCACAUGAACUGAGGUUGAAGCACCAGCUCCGGAUUGAAGACGGGAUGUAGAUAAGUUUGUUUGUUUUUUAAAGAAAGUUGUAAUGGAUGCUACAAUGUUAAAAACAACAUUGACAAGUGUCAAACCUGAAUCUCCUCUGCACCAAAGCAACAGAUCUACAAAUCAUUACAUGAUUUUUUUUUUUUUUUUUUUUUAAUAAAGCAGCCAAGAGGGAGACACAUGAUGGAGGACAUGGUUGGUUGGUAGAGCUGGUUGGUGUUGUUAGCAGGAUUCCAGUGACAGGAAGUCUCUUUUCCUGAACAUCUGUAUGGGUCAUGUGACUUUCACAUGGAAACGACUGGCAGUUUCACCCCAGACUAAACCUUUUGCGAACAGUGCUGAAGUGCUUCCCUGAUUUCCGUCUCCUCUUCUCUGACAUGCAGAUAUAUUCACACAGUCUGCUCCCACUGUGCUCUUUAAUUUCGGCCUCCUCUUCCUCCUCUGCAUCUCUUUUACAUACCCUUCCUAUCACUCAGUCCGAGUCCCACAGCCGCCGCCAAAAAGCCCUGAAACCGAGCGCCGGUUCAGGACCCAGACGGAGGCUCCUGAAUGCAGAGUGGGAAUGAACGGGCGUUUGUGAGGACGGCUAAUUGAGCUGCCUUUAAAAUUCCCCACAGAGGACCCUGGGUAGUUUUUACCUGGAGGGGACAUCGGGCCAACAGGGGGCUCUCAACAGAGACGAGUGAUGAGAGGAUGUUCAGUAGUAACAAGACCUUGAGCAUAAAUCUGCACAGAGAGAGAGAGAUUUAAAUGUAGAAAUUCAGAUGAACCAGGAAACUGUUCAGUCUCUGAUUCUGUCACUUCAGAUUUCACCAAUGAACCAAUCAAUAAACACUGUUUCUCUACAGUGAGACAUGGAGAACAGCAUGGAAGAAUUUGUUUGGUUCUUAAACAAUAUGCCAUUUAAAAUAUAUAUAUAUGUGUGUAUAAAUAUAUACACUAAAAUUUGUAAAAGUGUGUGUGUGUUAAGAAUCCUGCUACUGUACGUCUGUUUGAUUUACAGAGGGAAAAUUUAAAUGGGAAAAAAUAGUGUCCAACAAAUAUAAUCCAGCAAAUUAAGUUGUUUUUUUUUAAAUGUAAAUGGCUCCAAGAUUUCCAUAAAUUAUAAAAAGGUAAAUAGAAAAUACCAACAAUUUAGUCU